AUGGCUAAAUAUGGCUAUGGGUAUACCAGGAAAGAGUGUAUAGACAUUGCAUCUGACAGUAGUGACACUGAAAAUAAAGAGGACUUGUGUUGCCAGUGCAAACGAUUUUCCACUGAAGCUGUCAGAUGGCAAAAAUUGGAGAAAGGAAUCGUUAACGGCUGCACAGUUUCCGUGGUGCUCUUCAUCAUUGGGAUGAACCUGUUGAUAAAUGCUGCCCAACGAGAGACACGUGGACUAAAGACAGAGUCAGAAAUCUAUCCCCCAUCUAGCAGAGGCUUGAUGGAUGACCUCACAUUGACGACAACGAAACACGUCCAAGCUAGAUGGAUGUUGACAGCCCUGACGGAUGUCACUUCAUGGGGAAGAAUGAAGUUCAAAGCAGCACAAUCCAGAUCUCUCGCCAUAAAGAAAGGACAGGAAACAGAGAGGUGCAAACUCUACGUACAGAAGGAAGAGAUUCCUUCCAUAGUGACGAGUCCAAUAAAAUGCAUGGGCAAGUGGUUUGAUGCAAGCAUACAAGAUCGCGACAAUAUCAAGAAGUUAGAGCAACAGGUAGGGAAGGGUCUCAAGCAGAUAGACCGCUGCGGACUACCCGGAAAGUUCAAAGCUUGGCUCUACCAGCACCCACUGCUCCCAAGACUAAUCUGGCCGUUGAUGCUUUACGAGGUAUCCUGGAGCACAACAGUGGAAGCCCUGGAGAGAACCACUAGUCGACACCUCAGGAAAGCAACAAGUUACAGAUCUUCACUGUUAGAAGAGUUCAAGUCAGCAAAAGCAAGACUUGUGUUGACCUUAAGGGACUUUCCGGACGAGCUCAUCCGUGAGGCAGGGAUCCAAACCCGAACGAGCAGGAAAUGGUCAGCGAUAGAGUCUGUGAGCCAGGCAGAGAACGCGCUCAAGCACAAAUACAUUGUAGGAGUGACUGCUGUUGGGAGUGAAGGAAUUGGUGCGAGAAAGGUGGUACUGUGGAGCCGAUCAGACCAGAAAGAGAGGCGUGCCAUGAUUCAGUCUGCGGUCAGGACAGCGGAAGAAAAUGCCAGACAAGCAAGGGCUGUAGAAAUGGGAGCGCAGGGAGCAUGGGCCACAUGGGAAACCGCAGACAGGAAGUUGACCUGGGGAGACAUUUGGAAGUAUGAGCCUUUUCGGUGUUCCUUUCUUCUCAGGUCUGUCUAUGAUCUACUUCCAUCCCCAGCGAACUUGUGCCGAUGGGGACUCACAGAAGAUCCAAAAUACAGCCUGUAUGACAGAGUAGGCACCCUAAAGCAUGUUCUUUCAUCUUGUACUACAGCACUGACACAGGGAAAAUACAGAUGGAGGCAUGACUUGGUCCUCAGAGAGUUGGCUGACUGGCUAGAGAAGGAACGACAGAAGGAAAUUGGCAAUUACCCUCGCCAUGGGCACAUUGCUCUCGUCAAAUCGGAUAUUGUACUGUGGUCAGAGACAGGAAAGAAGCUCGUCACCAUUGAGCUGACAGUACCAUGGGAGACAAGAUGUGAAGAGGCCUACGAGCGAAAGAAGGAAAAGUACAUAGAACUCAUGGAUCUGUGCAAGCAACAAGGCUGGUGUACUUGGCUAUUUCCCGUGGAAGUUGGCGUUAGAGGGUUCUGUUCCGAGUCCGCGCACAGGCUGAUUACAGCAGUAGGAACUACUGGCAGGGAGAGAGAAGUGGUUAUCCAGAGACUGAGCCAAGCAGCUGAACGGGCAUCAAGCUGGCUGUGGCUGAGGCGAGAGGAGAAGAGCUGGAGGCAAUCAACCAACACGCAGUGA